AUGCACUUGGAACGGGAAGUCAGUUCUAACAAACAAUUCAUAUCCAGUUUAGGGCGUACUCCAAGGCUUAAUCUCAGAGGCGGUAUCUUUCACUCUUUGCUGUUUGCAAUGGCUGACGAAGAUUACGAUGAUAUGGACAUGGGAUACGAAGAUGAGCCACCAGAGCCUGAGAUUGAGGAAGGUGCAGAGGAUUUGGAUAACAACAAAAAUGAGGACAUGACUGGAGAUGCUAUUGAAACUGAGGACAAGGAAGAGGAACAACCAGUAGAACGACCUCGGAAGACAUCUAAAUAUAUGACAAAGUAUGAGCGUGCCAGGAUUUUGGGUACCCGAGCUGUUCAAAUCAGUAUGAAUGCACCUGUCAUGGUGGAGUUGGAGGGAGAGACUGAUCCACUUGAGAUUGCCAUGAAGGAGCUUCGAGAGCGGAAAAUACCCUUUACAAUCCGGCGCUACUUGCCUGAUGGAAGCUAUGAAGAUUGGGGAGUUGAUGAACUGAUUGUGGAAGACUCCUGGAAGAGGCAAGUGGGUGGCGGGUGA